GGGCGUGGCGGGGGCGCGGCCGGGCCAGCGGAAAGAACGGAACGGAACGGAACGGGCCGGGCAGCGGGCGCAGCCAUGUCCUUCUGCUCCUUCCUGGGGGGAGAGGUGUUCAAGGACCACUUCCAGCCGGGUAUUUACGUGUGUGCCAAGUGUGGCCAUGAGCUGUUCUCCAGCCGUGCCAAGUACGAGCACUCGUCGCCGUGGCCGGCGUUCACCGAGACCCUGCGGGAGGACAGCGUGGCCAAGCGCGAGGAGCGCCCGGGGGCGUUGAAGGUGACCUGUGGCAAGUGUGGCAACGGGCUGGGCCACGAGUUCCUCAACGAUGGGCCCAAGAGGGGCCAGUCCCGCUUCUGAAUAUUCAGCAGCUCGCUGAAGUUCCUCCCCAAAGGUAAAGCUGACCUGAAGGAGAAGUAAGUGAGCUGCUGCACCUGCCACUGCCCUGGGCUAAUCCUGCCUCCUCUCCUUGGGAUGCACUGACCUGCCAGAGGGACCCACAGCAGGAGCAACCCCAAGGAAGCUCCUGGUCUGAGUUUUCCCCUGAUCUCCUGGUCACAGUUUCCCCUUGAUUUCCCUGUCAAGGUUUUAUUCCCUGAUUUCCCUGUCAAGGUUUUAUUCCCUGAUUUCCCUGUCAGUUUUCCCUUUUGCAGUUCCCCUAGAUUUCUCUGUCACGGUUCUUUCCUGGUUUCCCUCCCCUGGUUCUCUCCUGGUUUCCCUGUCCUGGUUCCCCCGGGUUUCUCUCCCCUGGUUCCCCCCUGGUUUCCCUGUCCUGGUUCCCCCUGGUUUCCCUGUCCUGGUUCCCCCAGGGGCUGUCCCAGCUCCAUCCCAGGAGCUGCUGUGCCUGUGCUGAGCCCUGGCUCUUUGCCCUGACAGUGUCCAGAGCCAGGCAGGCUCUGCUGGCACUCCCAGGCACUCAGGCAGGAUUAGCUGGGCUCAGGCUCGGGGUUAAUCCCUGGAGCUAUUCUGGGACCAUGCUAUGAAGUGCCCCAUGUAAACCCUGCCAGGGUGCUGGGGCAGGGAUGUUUGAUGGUCCCACUGGCAGCAUCCAGGUGUUUCCCCCGCCGCAGGGACGGUUCCACAGCGCUGUGCUCCACCCUGCCCUGGCCUUAGCCCUGACUCAGCACUGUGCAAUCAGUUCCAGGGGCACUCGGGGUGCUGCUGGCCCUGCCCUGUGCGAGGGAGCUGGAAUUGAGCCCAAGGGCUGCCCUUGGCACUGCUCAGGCUCUGGGGAUUGUGGCUGUGCCGCCUCAGUGCUCCCAAGGGCUGCCACGCUCGUUCUCCUCAAUCCAGUGCCUCAUUCCUGGCCUCCUGUGCCUGUCCCAGGAGCCAGAUCCUCCUCUGGAAUGGAUACACCAGGAUGUCUCACGAGGGAAGAGGCCCUGGGGUUUAGGGGGCUGCAUUGUGGGUGCAGCUGCACUCGGGGACACCUCGGGGCCUUUUCUCUCCCCGUGUUUUCCCUCAAUCCCACAGAUCUGAGGGCGCCAGGGGAGGUUUACCACCCCAGCUCAUUGCCUGGAGCUCACUGCAGGACCUCGCCAUGCUGAAAUAAAGCACUGAUUCACUGUG